AGGUGAGCACUUUUAAUAAAGGAGUAGAGUUGAAAUGCAGACGGUAAUGUUUCUUUUUAUAUUGAUCCAAUUCCUCUAUUUUCUUGUUAAUGGCCAUGUUGGGGAAACACUUGGUAUCAAUACAGACUUGAGGGCGGUGAUGGAGAAAUUAGAGGAACUCCAGACGACCGUACAUCUCCAAAGUGAUCGUAUUUCUCAGUUAGAGAAGCAGAACCGAAACCAGGAGAAACCUACAGCCACCGAUGUCCACAACAGCGACAACAAGCAAGAGGAACGGAUUUCCAAUCUAGAGAAGCAGUUCUUGCGGUUAGAGAAACGUUUGAAUAAACAAUCCAAGGACAUUUUAACUGUGAAAACGCUUGAGAAGACCACUACGAAAAAGAUGUCCGGUUUACUGAGUAGACAAAACGUCCAAGAAAAACUGUUCAAAAAUCUUCAGGACCGAUUUCAAAAUUUGAUCCACUCCCAAGAAGAAAAGUCUUUUUUCGCCAAGGCCCUUACGCAGCGCAAAGAAAGUUUGAUAAGAAAAGAGCGAUUGCUUGCUCCUGUGACAACUACUGCGUCACUCGGCAACAUUGUCGCUUUCUACGCGUAUUUAUCAAAGGAUGUUCGUUCUCCCGGUCCGAAUCAUAUCCUUACAUUUGAUAACGUAAUCACCAAUACUGGAAAUGCAUAUCAUUCCCACGCCGGUACCUUCAUAGUCCCCCGAUCUGGUCUGUACGUAUUGACGUGGACUAUCAGAAUAUAUGGAGCAAAUUACCACUCAACAGAACUGAUGGUUAAUAACAAUGCUGUUGGAUCGACGUAUCUUAUUCCAGCUAAUAUUAUAGACGGCAGUGUUACCGGUACCGUGGUGGUACAUGUUGACCAGGGAGAUGACGUUUUGGUAAGAACUCGGGACUCGUAUAACGUUGGUAAUAUUAUGAGCGAUCUUGUAGGAAGAUCCUCUUUUGCAGGAUGGUCUUUAGCUUAAUACUUCCAAAAUAAACAUUUUUUUCUUC